CUUCUUCCUUCUCGCCGAACGCCGCCAACAUGGUGUUCAGGCGCUUCGUGGAGGUUGGCCGGGUGGCCUACGUCUCCUUUGGGCCCCAUGCCGGGAAACUGGUCGCGAUUGUUGAUGUUAUUGAUCAGAACAGGGCUUUGGUUGAUGGACCUUGCACUCAAGUCAGGAGGCAGGCCAUGCCUUUCAAAUGCAUGCAGCUCACUGACUUCAUCCUCAAGUUCCCACACAGUGCCCGCCAGAAGUAUGUCCGACAAGCCUGGCAGAAGGCAGAUAUCAGUACAAAAUGGGCAGCCACAAGAUGGGCCAAGAAGAUUGAAGCCAGAGAAAAGAAAGCCAAGAUGACGGAUUUUGAUCGUUAUAAAGUCAUGAAGGCAAAGAAAAUGAGGAACAGAAUAAUAAAGCAUGAAGUUAAGAAGCUUCAACGGGCAGCUCUCCUGAAAGCUUCUCCCAAAAAAGCAACUGCUACAAAGGGAGCAGCUGCAGCUGCAGCAACAACUGCUGCAAAGGUUCCAGCAAAGAAGGUGACCACUGCAGGCAAGAAGGCUCCUGCCCAGAAAGAAAAGGCAGCAGGCCAGAAGGAGAAAGCUCCAGCUCAGAAGGCUGGGCCUCCAAAAGCUCAGAAGGGCCAGAAAGCCCCAGCCCAGAAAACACCUGCUCCGAAGGCAUCGGGCAAGAAAGCAUAGAUGGCUGUUAUAAAAGUAAUAAAGUUUCUUUUUGACAUGCUGACAA